AUGGGCUGCUGUUUCUCUGACGGAGCUCUUGAUGAGCCUAGACAAAAAGGCAAGGGGGAUAAUAAAAAGCAAGAAACAGCAGAAGAGACCAAAGAAUUUGAGACUGAAGUUUCCCGAAAAAGUGCAUCAGUGAAAGGAGUCAAUAAAGGAACUUUUGUAAAAAUGCUAAAAGAGCCAGUCCAAAAUUUCUAUGAGGUCACUAAAGUCGUAGGAGAAGGAGGUUUCGGCAAAGUUUAUAUCGUUAAAGACAAAAGAACUAAUGCUAUUAAAGCCAUGAAAGAGGUUGCGAAAACCAAUGUUGAUAUGAACAAAAAGGUGGAUGAAGAAAUUGCAAUCCUUAAAGAACUUGUAACUCCCCCCCAUCCUUGAUCGAACGAUUGACUGUAAAAAUUCCUAAAAAUUGGGGAAAUUAACCCCAAUCCUUAAUCGAACGAUUUUAAUAUCAUGCAAAUUUUUAUAUAUAUAAAACUAUAUUAGUUAUCAAAAGCUUGGGAAGAUGUAAUAAUGAAGUUGUUUUCAGAGCUUUGAGACGACAAAAAGCUACGGAAUCAACCAUCAGAAGUGAUUUAGCCAUCAAUCUAGGCUUAAAAAACUCAAUAAUCUAAAAAAAAUAUAGAUUUUUUAAAAUUUAAAAAAAAUAAAAUAUUAAUUCAAUAAGGAACAAAUUAAAAUUUAUACAGUUUAAAGGGGUGACUAAUAAAUCAAAACAUUAAAAAUUGGUAUUUUUAUAAGAUUAAAUCAAUUUUUUGCUGUAAAAAUAAUUAUUCAAUACUCUUAACCUCUUAUUUAAAAGUAAAUAAAAACAAUAUACAUAUAUAUUUUAUUUUAUAUAUAAAAUUUUUUUCCCAAAAAAUUUUUUUUAACCGAACGAUGGCGAGCCGUUCGAUCAAGGAUGGGGUGGGAGUAAGAAUUAUUCUAGGAUCACCCAAAUAUCAUGAAAAUAUAUGAAGUUUAUGAGUCUUCAAAGUAUUACUAUAUUUGAUAUCUUUGAAUUUGUCAACGGCAUAAUUUAGUAAUCGAUAAGAUUGCCAUAUUUUAGUAUUAAUCUAAGACAAGGAAUAAUCUGGCUAUUCAUACAAUAACCUAAUUAAUUUCAUAUAAUAUAUACAUCGUAACUGAGCUAAUUUCAGGAGGCGAACUAUUUGAUAAAAUAAUCAGUGCUCAGCAUUUCAGCGAGAAAUUAGCUGCCAAAUAUAUGUACGAUAUUAUGGGAGCAAUUAACUAUUGCCAUAGCAGAGGAAUUGUGCACAGAGAUCUUAAGCCAGAAAAUUUAUUAUUGGACUCGAAGGAUGAUGAUGCCAAUCUUAAGAUAAUUGACUUUGGAAUUUCAGAAAGACUAAAGGCCAAUGCUAAGUUGAAAGAAACAAUAGGAACUGUAAAUGCUAUUUAGCUUUAUUAUAUGGCUCCUGAAGUAGUUAAAGGGGAAUAUGAUCAGAAAUGUGAUGUUUGGAGUGCUGGAGUAAUUUUAUAUAUCAUGCUUUGUGGAAGACCUCCUUUCUAUGGAAAUUCAGCCUUAGAGCUGCUAAACUGUAUUAGGAAAGGACCCAAAAUGACAGACGAAUUAUGAAACUCAAUAUCUGCAGACGCAAAAGACCUUAUCUCAAAAAUGCUUACAAUAGAGCCUGCACAACGUCUUAGUGCAGGCGAAGUAUUGAAUCAUCCGUGGCUGCAUAAAUAUGUGAACAAUGCUAUAGAAGACACAAAAAUUUCUGUUGAUGCCUUAUCCAAUCUCGGCGCUUUCCGAGCUGAAAGCAAGCUGGAAAAAUCAAUUUUAACUUUUAUAACUUCACAAGUAUUUGGAGAAAAAGAGGAAGCAGAGCUUGCUGACCUAUUCAAAGCUUUGGAUGCAAAUGGAGAUGGAAAGCUCAGCCAAGAAGAGUUAUUAAAUGGAUACCAUCAACUGAGACUGACUUCUCCUGAAGAAGUAAAAGAAAUAAUGAAAAAGUGUGACAGUGACAGGAGCGGAUUUAUCGAUUUCACUGAAUUUAUAACAGCAGCAACCAAUUGGAAUCAGAUUUUGCAAAAAGAGCAGCUUAUAUCAGCCUUUAAGUUAUAUGACACAAGUGGGGAUGGACAAUUAUCUUUACAAGAGCUCAAAAAUGGAAUACCAGGAAUUAAAGAUAGUGAAUGGGCUGAGUUCCUAAAUGAGGCUGACAAGGAUGGGGAUGGAAACAUUAGUCUCUACGAGCUAAAGGAGUAUUUAACCAAAAAAAUUAUGAGUUAA